CAUUACACCUUUCUUGACAACAUUUAUACUACAAAACUGGACAUGAAGGCCAAACUUCUGUGGUGUGAUAUGAUUAUGAAUUUCUUCCAGCUACCUAAAUGAUACUAAUAGACCACACUUGGUAAACCAUAUCAGGUGUGUUCCUUCUGGCAGGCUGAAGCAUACUUUCUCAGUCUCAUGAAUUGUAUCUGAACUGAUUCAUCUAAAUGACAUUAUCUCACAUAUUUUUCCUGGACUGCUUCAGGCUGGACAUAAGAUUGAAAUUUUACCUGCUUCAUGAAACAUUGUCUAUUAAAAAAGCAUUUCUAUUAAAAAAAUAUAUAUGUUCAUAUGAUGCUUCUGAAGAGUAUUGACCUUCAGGAAUUUUAAUAACACAUUAGAGGAGCCAUUGGCCUAGUAACAAAAUUAUGGUAUUAAUUAUGGUGUCCCACAUAUAAUAUCUGCAAACCAUGAUUUGUGCAUCACUGUUAUCAUAAAAUUUUACAUAAAUGAAAUAUUUGGAUACUGGAAUAGGUUACAUCACCUCCUACUGGUCCAAAACCCCACGAAUUUAGCAUAUUCGGUGUGUGAAUCAUACAAUACCAAUUAAAUUCUGUGCUAUUGGAUUUACACUCAACCCAUUUCCAUAUUGAUACGUACUAUGUCCUUUACAUACACAUAUUUGCAAGAAUUUGCGUUACUGUUCUACAUGAUUUUGCGGGGAGAAGGGGGGGGGGAGUUAGAGAAUAGAGAUGAGCGCAAUAGAAUGUAACUCAUCGAAUAAUUCCGUUGCUGUAAACUGAGGAUAUUUUAUAAUUAAAAAUAACAGAUUUAUUGGAACUCGAAAUCUAUUCGCAUUCAUAAUUAUGAAGGCAGUGUUGUUUUUGUCACAAUGAAGUCUUCUCGAUCAUUCAUCUGCGUCAUGUGGUCGAAAAAAUCCUGACUCUGCUUAUAGCCCAACAAGAUUCAAUAGAAUUUAAGUCGCCGCAAAAGCUAUAUAUCAUUCAAAUAAAUAGUCUGACCAACUUUUGGAUAAAGAUAUAUGAAUGUCAUAUGUAUUUGUUGUAACUUGUAUUCCGAAGUACUUAGAUUACAGGUUAGGAAACUUCCUCGGUAGCUCGGCAAACGUAGCUGUAACGUAACCUCAAAUCUUACAUGAAACUUAAUAGUUUGGCGUAGUUAGGUUGCCUAUGUUUCCAUGACAACGGGCACCGUUGUAGUAAACACAGAAACGCGUAUCACGUAUGGUAUUGCAUUCUUUAAGAGUAUAUGUUGAAUGGCAUUGCACAUCGAAUUUUAUUUGCAUAAGCUGUUUAAGAUUUGUUUUAAAUAUUACUUGAAUUCGAAAUUUAUAUCAAAAUGCAGCUAAAACAUUUGAAAACAAUAAUGCAAGCAGAGGAUGGAAUGGCAAAAAUUGCAGCUAUAGCAUGGGCUCCAAAUAAUGUCAAAUUGGCAAUCUGUACAUCAGAUCGUGUAAUUCAUCUUUUUGAUGAAAUGGGUGAGAAGAGGGACAAGUUUUCAACCAAACCUGUAAAACCAAAGUAUGGGAAAAAGAGCUAUGUCAUAAAAGGUUUGGCAUUUUCACCAGAUUCCACAAAGAUAGCAGUUGGGCAAUCAGACAAUAUAAUAUAUGUCUAUAAAAUAGGAGAAGAGUGGGGUGAGAAAAAAGUGAUAUGCAAUAAAUUUCCUCAGCAGUCAGCUGUGACUUGUUUAAUUUGGCUCAGCGAAGGUCGUAUAAUCUUUGGACAAGCUGAUGGAAAAGUGCGUUCAGCCAAUCAUAAAAACAACAAAUCACAGACUUUAUAUGCUACAGAUUCAUAUGUUGUAUCUCUUGCAUCCAAUCCUCGAGGUACAGGCUUCUUGUCAGGGCAUGCAGAUGGCACCAUUGUACGAUACUAUGUAAUCGAAGAUUCAACUAUGGAACAACAGGGACGAGUUGUUGUACAUUCAGCCGCACCAUAUGCAUUGGCAUGGCCCAUGGGACAUGUGCUGGCUGCAGGAUGUGAUAGACGUGUCAUAUUAUACAGCAGAGAUGGACUUGUGGCUAGGCAGUUUGACUAUAGCCGAGAUGACACAGAGAAAGAGUUUACAGUAGCUUGCUGUAGCCCAAGUGGACAAGCAGUGGCAGUAGGCAGCUUUGACAGGUUACGAGUAUUCAGCUGGAGUCCUCGGAAGUCUUCAUGGGAGGAGAACCAGGCGAAAGAGAUUCCAUACCUGUAUACCAUUACUGCACUAAGCUGGAAGCGAGAUGGAUCACGGGUUGUGUGUGGAGCACUCUGUGGUGCUGUUGAGAUGUUUGAGUCAGUGCUGAAGCGAACAUUAUGGAAGAACAAGUUUGAAAUGACAUAUGUUGGUCCAAGCCAAGUACUUGUUAAACCAUUAGCACCUGGAUCACGUGGUGUUAUCCUCAAAUCACAUUAUGGCUAUGAGAUUGAUGAUGUACGCAUCAUGGGCCGGGACAACUAUCUCGUUGCCCGCACUUCGGAAACUGUUCUUCUGGGAGACUUACAACGUAACUUACUCAGUGAAGUGCUGUGGACACACACUGGAAGAAAUGAAAAGUUCUAUUUUGACAAUCCAACUGUAUGUCUUAUCUUCAAUGCAGGUGAACUUAGUCUGGUGGAGUAUGGACAGAAUGACAUUCUAGGAUCUGUUAGGACAGAAUUCAUGAAUCCUCAUCAGAUCAGUGUACGCUUAAAUGAAAGACAUCUUAACACAGCAGAAAAUAAUAAGAAGUUGGCAUAUUUGCAGGAUCUGAAGACCAUUUGCAUAGUGGACCUGGUGUAUGGAACAACAGUUUCCCAAAUAACACAUGACUCAAAGAUUGAUUGGUUGGAGCUUAAUGAGACAGGGCGCAAGUUGCUGUUCCGUGACAAGAAGAUGCGCCUCACUCUGCUUGACAUCUUAAGGGACCAGAAAAAUUCCAUUUUGAAUUUCUGUACAUUUGUCCAGUGGGUGCCUGGUAGUGAUGUUGUUGUGGCUCAGUCACGGAACAAUUUAUGUGUGUGGUAUAACAUUAACGUUCCAGAGCAAGUCACAUUGUUCAGUAUCAAGGGAGAAAUAGCAGAUGUCAUUAGAGCGGAUGGUAGAACAGAGGUAAUUGUUCAAGAGGGCCAGCAUCAGCUGGGUUAUGAAUUAGAUGAAGGCCUUAUUGAAUUUGGUACAGCAGUCCAUGAUAAUGACUUUGGUCGAGCCAUCAUGUUCCUGGAGUCCCUAGGAGACAAACCUGAAGCUGAGGCAAUGUGGAGUAAUCUUGCAAGCUUAGCUGUUGAUAAGAACAAGUUGCAGGUGGCUGAACGAUGUUAUGCAGCUUUGGGAGACGUGGCUCAAACACAUUACCUGAGAGAAACUAUAAAGAUAGCAGAUGAAUAUGCAAAAGAAAAUGCUGGAAAUGGGAUGGCUUGUCCUGAAGUAUGGGCCCGUCUGGCAAUCCUCAACAAGAGACUGAAAGAUGCAGAAGCCAUUUAUUUGGAACAGAACCAAUUGGAUGAAGCUCUUAACAUGUACCAACGCUUCCACAAGUGGGAUGAAGCGUUAGCAUUGGCAGAGCUGAAGAGCCACCCCAAGUAUGAGGAACUUCGUGAAAAACACAUGAAAUGGCUAAUGGAGACUAAUCAGGAAGAGAGGGCUGGUGAAAUUAAAGAAAAAGAUGGUGACUACAGCACAGCUCUGAACUUGUACCUCAAAGCCAAUCUCUCUACAAAGGCUUCUAGAUUGAUCCAGAAUAAUCCUGAGAUGCUACGUAAUGAUGAACUGGUGGCUAAAGUUUUAUCAGCUUUACUGCGUGGCAAAUUAUUUGAGCAGGCAGGAGAGCUUUAUGAGAAAGUAAACCAGACUGAAAAGGCUUUUGAAUGCUAUAGAAAGGCUCAGGCAUUUCCAAGAGCUAUAGAACUGGCUCGAUUUGUUUCACCAUCAGAGGUUGUACAUCUGGAGGAACAAUGGGGAGACCAUCUGGCAGCCAACAGGCAGCUUGAUGCUGCUAUAAGUCAUUACAUUGAGGCUGGCAAAACACUGAAGGCAUUGGAAGCAGCUGUGGGGGCCAAACAGUGGAAAAAAUCUGUUCAGAUCAUCCAGGUGUUUGAUGAUCCUGAAGUUGUUGCGAAGUACUAUACUCAUCUAGGAAAACAUUUUGCUUCUAAUCAAGAUUGUUUAUGUUUCGCCUCCAUUCUGUUUGUCCACAAUGUAUUGUAUUUCUUGAUGUGCUUUGUCACAGUGUUUGAUUUUAUAGGUGAGUGGGACAAAGCCCAUAAAUUGGCAAGCCAGUACCUGGAUUCUAAUGAGGUAUCAACAAUGUACAUCUCUCAAGCCAAAACUCUAGAGGAGCAGGGGAAUCUUAGAGAAGCUGAGAAACUGUACCUUUAUGUACCUGAACCUGACAUGGCCAUCUCCAUGUACAAGAAACACCAUCAGUAUGAUCAGAUGAUGCGUUUGGUGAACCAGCACCAUUCUGAACUUGUGCAGACAACACAUCUGCAUCUUGCACAAGAGAUGGAGGCACAAAAUAACUGGAAAGGUGCAGAACAACAUUAUCUCAAUGCUGGAGACUGGAAAGGGGCUGUCAAUAUGUACCGUGCAGCCAGUUUGUGGGAGGAUGCUUACAGGGUUGCUAAAAACAAUGGAGGACAGCAGGCCAGCCAGCAAGUUGCAUUCCUAUGGGCAAAAUCUUUAGGAGGAGAUUCAGCUGUUAAACUCCUUACAAAGUUCAAUCUUCUAGAGACCUCUAUUGAUUAUGCCUGUGAAAUUUACCAGUUUGAGUUUGCAUUUGAUUUGGCACGCACUGGCAUGAAGUCGAAGAUGUCAGAUAUCCACUACAAAUAUGCAAUGUCUUUGGAAGAUGAUGGAAAAUUUGAAGAUGCUGAAAAGGAAUUUGUGAAGGCUGGUAAACCCAAGGAGGCCGUUCUCAUGUAUGUUCACAACCAGGACUGGAAGAAUGCCCAGCGGGUGGCAGAGGAACAUGACCCCGUGUCUGUCACAGAGGUCCUUCUUGGUCAGGCCAAAGACGUGUUCAACUCCAAGAAUUACCCUCAGUUUGAGUCCCUGUUGCUGCGGGCACAGAGACCUGAGCUCAUCAUCAAACAUUACCAGGAUUCAGGAAUGUGGGUGGAUGCUCUUAGGGUGUGCCGUGAAUAUUUACCCAGUCAUCUACCAGCAUUGCAAGCUGAGUAUGACCGUGAGGUAGGAUCAAAGGGUUCCAGGGAUGUUGUUAGUGUGUUGGCUCAGGCCAGAGAAUGGGAGCAGAGUGGAGAAUAUAAAACAGCAGUGGACUGCCUUCUGAAGGUGAACACGAGUCUUACCAAAGACCAAAAUGUCAUUAUCAAAGCCUGGACACAAGCAGCUGAACUGACAACGAAAUACCUUGAAGGCCAACAGGCUGUGGAAGUGGCUAAAGUGUUAGGACCACGUUUAUUGGAUAUACAACAACACAACCUCGCAGCUCAUGUGUAUCUGGGAGUAGAUCUGAUUAAGGAGGCUAUUGACACAUUCAUCCAUGCUGAGGAUUGGAUCAAGGCUAAAAGAGUAGCGAAGGAGCUAGAACCAAGUUAUGAAGACUAUGUGGAUGAGCGAUACAAGGACUGGCUCAGGAGACAAGGCCGGGCUGAACAGUUGGCAGAUGUGGACAUUAUUGGAGCUUUGGACCUUUUGGCAGAGCAGGGUCAGUGGGUCAAAUGUCUUGAAACAGCUAAGCAGAAUGGAUCUCAGGUGCUGCACAAGUAUGUGGCACUGUAUGCCACACAACUGAUCAAGGAUGGUUAUCCACUGGAGGCUUUGGGCCUAUAUGUGAAGUAUGGUGCACCAUUGUAUCUUCAGAACUAUAAUAUCUAUAAACGCAUUGCAAUGGACAUAUUCAAUAUGUCUAGCUUAAGUGGGCCAGAUGCUUACAACACCUGGGCACAGCUGCGGAACAUGUUACUCAGUCUGACAGAAGCCAUGAAGACUUCUUCUGAAGCUGGUAGUGCUCUGCAUGACGAGUUUGACACUCUGCUGGUGAUCAGUCAUUACUAUGCAACCCGUACUGCCAGCAGGGAAAUAAAGACGCUGGAUCACCUGGUGGCCAAACUGUCCACCUCACUCCUCAGACACACAGACAUUAUCCCUGCAGAUAAGGCAUUCUGUGAAGCUGGUGUUGAUUGCAGAGCUGUUGGGCAAGAGAGUGAAGCAUUUGUGUUCCUGAACCAUUACCUGGAUCUGUGUGAAGCAAUUGAGGAGGGUAACCUGGAUUUGCUUGACAACAGUGACUUUACCAACACUGACUUCCCCAUAGAAAUUCCAUUACCAGCGUCUCUUCACAUUUCAUCACAGCAACAGGAGGACAUCAAAGAAUGGGUGCUGGCCAUUUCCAUAGACCAGAAGGUUGAUCAGGUUUUGCCCAUGGAUGAACGUGGUCUAACUCCUUCAUCCCUAACUUCACCUAACAGAUCAGGUCCUCCUGCUUUACCUUGUGUUGUGUCUGGUUUCCCUGUGCUCUCUGACAGGGGACGUAAACCCAUCGAAUUCAAACGUCAAGGGAAGCAGGCCAACAGGGAUGACUGGAACAAGCUCAUGAUGGCUGCGAAGAUGGCUCCUGAAACACACAUAACUGAUGUCCUAUCAUUCAUUGGAGAAUGGUGUGGAGGGUCUCCUAGCUUCUCAUUUCAGUAAAAGGUGCAGAUAUUAUUUUACAGUAUAUUCUGGUAAAGUUGGUUAAUUGGUGCUACAUUGUGCCAGAGUGAAUCUUGACAGGGAUUAAAAAAGUGUAAUUUUAGAAAUGUUAUGCCUCCGUCCUUAUAUCACUGUUGCAAAAAUGGAAAUGUCACUGUAUUUUUAUAUAUAUACAGAAAGUAGCAGGUAUGAGUCUGGAAUGAUAUCAUGACCUAUUUCAAGGUACUAUCAUGGUAUUCUAGGGUGACUGGGGAAAACAAUGAAAGCAGACUGAUGGCAACCUGGACAAGGUUAAACAAGGUACCUCCUAUUACUUUAUUGUUCAUUACAGUUUGUAUAUUACAUUUUUUGCUCAUUCUUAGUGUUGCAUAGGUAAGUGAUAUUCUAGUCUUAUUUUUGAGACACAAAUCAUAUACCACUUCUUAUUAUCAGUAUGGUAGUUCGUACUCUUGUAUCACGCUAUAAUCUUUCACUUUAAAGAAAAAUAUAAACCCUUAAGGAAAUGUUGUGAUUUAGAAUUAUGGUAACUUGGAAAAUGUAUAAAUAUGCAACCUUAACAGAUUUUUCUGUAAAACAUCAAGAUUGAAAGGGCAUGAUAAAAUUCUCAGAUGUGUUUACGCAGUGAUUGUUGGGUUCAGUAUACAGGUUUUGGUUCUUAAGACUGUAUAUCAUUAUUAAUUCACAAAGCAAUGUUGAGACUAGUACCCUUGAAUAAUUUUGUAAUCUUACACAUUAUAUCUAAAAGUAAUCAACUCUCCUAAUAAUGUCUGUUUCCAAAUAGUUAUAGAUAUGUUUCUCAUUCUUGAAAUUUUCUGUGAUUUUUAGUUCAAUGGGUAGACAAUAUUACCACAGAACCAAUUAUUUGUAGCUAUAUACAAUAUAAUAUUAAAUUCCUUGGUCUUUUAUACUGAUUGGGUGGUAGUGUAUAUAAUGAUACAGUGUUAAAUAUAAAAGUAGGACACCUAAUAUUAAAAUUUAUUUAAAUUUCUCACAAUUUUGGUUAUUGGCAUCAUACGUUCGUAAGGAUAUCGUGUGGGUUGAACAACAGGGCUCCAGAAUACAUCACAGGAUUUCUUCAUGUACUAAGCUAUUUUAUUUUAUAUUCAUAAAUGCUACAAUAAAAAUAUUACAGCAAUAACAGCUUUCAUAAUCAUACCUUCUGGAAAUAGUGACUUCUACAGGUGACUGGAACUAUUAGUAGUAGCAUAGUAUAAACUAAAGAGUGCAAAUGAAAAUAUUUUGAAGUUCAGGAAAUUUUUAAGCUAAACUUUUGCUUUUUAUAUUCUGAACAUAAUAAUUUAUCCCACGAUAAAGUUUAUAUAUUAAAAAUUAAAUGGUUUGGUAAUGGCUCUCUAUACACAUACUGUUCAGUCUCUUGUGCAAUAAUCAGUCAUGUCACAUACCACCAUACAUUUUCAUAUAAGAUACACACAGAUUUCAUCCACAUAACAUUCAUAUGUGUACUAUCACAAAUUUUUUUCUGGGUUAGCAACUGAAACAAAUUUGUGGCUUUUAUCAAAGUUCAUCUAGAAAGAAUGCCAAACUAUAAACAUUCUAUUGCAGGUUUGUCCACAAAUUAUGUAUAAAAAAAUUAGUAAACUGAUUUUAACAGGUGUGCAUAAAAUAAUACACAAUGUUUUACACAUAUACAAGAACACAGAUAACACUCUGUUUCACAGAUUUUUUGCACUUCUAAAAUACACAACAAACUCUUUUGUGAUUUAAUAUAUGGAAAUGUUCUAUAACUUAAAAUUUGUUUGCCUUUGUGUUUUGAUUAUAGGAAUCAUGGAUUUAAGGCUAUAAUAUUUUGCUGCCUUCUCUUUUAUUAAUACAUCAGGGUUCCCAUUCAUAUCCAACUUAUCCAAACUUUGGUGGUCAUUUGUAAAAUAUGAAUACUUCAAUGACUUAAUUGCAUGUAAUAAAGUAGAAACAUCUUUGGAAGUAAAGACAUGUUAUAAUGAUGUAGUAUACUUUGCUUCAUCGUGAGUAAAUACAGUACUUUCUUGCAUAAAUAAAGGUUUUGGUACUCAGAUCU